CAACUGAGGUUUACAUAACUCCCCUUUGUAUAAAUAAAAAAGAAAGUCUUUGUAAUGAAAACCUUUAUGACAUCUAUGAGCAGCAGGUGUUAUGCCUAGCUGUUUUUGGUCUCAACUCAAACAUUCUUUCCCACUUUUUGUUCGUAUUCAUAUUCAUGAUAUGCUUACACCACUCCUUUCCUUCCUUUCCUGAACCAGUCUUAGUCCACGCCUGCCUUCUAGUUCUUCCCACUUGUUCAUAUUAUAUUUCUUCUCCAUAGAAGAGAGGAGGCCAGUUCGAGAGGCAGAGAUGAUUGAAAGAUCACAUGUUAUUGUGGGCAUGGUUUGCUUUGGAAUUUUCUUAACCCUUUUCAUCUUGGUAUUAUGGAAAAGAUAUUUCCAUAAAAGUGACAAGGAAACUCUUGACUUAACAACCAGAACUGCUAGAACAGAUAGACUUCAAUCUGGGAUCAUCAGGCUUCACCAACAAGAGGGUUUUCAUCACCAUCAUCAUGAUCAGGUUGAAUUUAAUAGCAAAAGAACGGGAAAUUAUUACAUGUUUCGACGUGGGGUUUCUGGGAAGCCUCUCUUUAGUUGGUCUGAUUAUCCAUCUUUGAUCACCGAUGCCGUUGAAAAUGGAUGGUCACGAUUCGCUUUCACGGGCUAUAUGUCAUCUCCUUCGACGAGAUCAAGGAUAUUGGGGUUGUGCACGGUUGGUGAUCUCAAAAGAGAAGUAGAGCCCGAAACGAGUUGGGAAAUAUGUCAGGAAUCGGCCGAUUUCAUGCAGAAAAUAAGGCUAAAUCCAGGGAUGAAGAAAUCUUUGAAUGCAAGCAAUCCAUCUAUGGCGGCGGCGUCUGCGAUCAGAACAGCUCUGCCUUUACCGGGUCCUCCUUUGGGGAACUCCUCUUUCCCUCAAGAGGCUUAUUUCGAAAUCACCAUCUUACUUUGUCGAAGCAGUGAUGAUGAAAUCCAGUCCAUUGGAAAAGUCAAAGAAGGUGAGAAGACCAAACUCAUAGAAGAGAACUCUAACGCAAAAGCCAAUUCGGAAUCGUUACUCCACCUUAGCAGUACAAACAGAGUUACCAAGAUUGACGAUUUGAAGCUUGGUGUUAGAGAUGACGGAAUAGUAGGUGACGCCGUUUUGUUGUCGGUAGGUCUCAUCGCCGGAGGCUCUCUUCCUUUGAAACUCCCCGGAAGCUAUCCAGGAAGCAUUGGCUUCAACUCUGACGGUUCUGUUUUCGUUGACGGUAUAAAACUGGCGUUUGAAUCAGAUAAAGCUGAAUGGGGAAGACUAGACAAGGUAAUCGGAUGUGGGUUUGAUCCUAGACAGAAGAAAGUAUUCUUCACCGUCGAUUCCCAGGUGAUCCACCUAAUCCAUUGCAAAUCAGAGGAGUUUGGAGGGCCGCUAUAUCCGACUCUAGCAGCAAACGGUGACGUUUUGGUUCUAGUCAACUUUGGACAAAGUGUCUUCAAAUAUGGGCCCGCCAAUGCCCAACGGACACCGAACCCAUGUUUCAUCGGCUCAGCAGUGAAUUCGCCUGCGGCGGCUAUUGGCUACGAAGACAGUAAAGAGCUCUUCUCAAUGGGAAGAAUCGACUCGCAGUGGCUCAAUCGGUGUACCACUCGAGGUAGCCAGAAUCCAGGGAACCCGAACCGGCCUCUGGAUUUCGAUGAGGAGUCUGAGGCGGACUUGUUUGAAAUCGUUUUAGAUAGUUGCGGAAGGUCCCCGAACGUAGUGUCGUAGAUACAUAAUCAUGUCGUUUAACAAAAAUACCAAAGUUAAGAAAACCGACGUGGUUCGAUGGUGCUCGAUGCUAGCUCGAUGGGGCCUUCAAAAUCAAGAUUUUCAUGACAAAAUUAACAAUGCUCAAUGGUGUUCGAUGCAAUUCUUGCAAGUUACGUAAUUUUUCACUCGGAUGUCCGUUUGGUGUGAAUUUUGUUUUAUUUUGGGUCUUUUUUCAAGAUUUACACGUUUGAGAUGUGUAUAUACACAUUUUGGAAAUGUAAAUCUUGAAAAAAAUGACAAAUGCAAAACAUACCUCAUGUUCAAGAUAUGUUUUGGUAUGUUUACAAGUUCUGAACUUUGAAAAUGUGUAUGUGAACAUCUAAAACGUGUAGAUCUCAAAAAAAAUACUAAAAAAAAAUCAUCCCAAACAGACACCCGAGUGAAAAAUUAUGUCUAUUACAAGAAUUGCAUCGAACCACCAUCGAGCAGCGCCGAUUUUUUUCAUGAAAAUCUUGAUUUUGAAGGCUCCAUCAAGGUAACAUUGAAUACCAUCGAGCAACCAUCAAGUUGGGCAUGAUUUUUGAGUUAUUUUUCAAAUUUGAAACUCUAAAAUAUGUAGAAAAUUGACUUUGUUCGAUUGUUGCUCGAUACCAGCUCGAUGGGGCCUUCAAAAUCAAGAUUUUCAUGAAAAAAUCGACGUUGCUCGAUGGUUGCUCGAUGGUGGUUCGAUGCAAUUCUUGUAAGAGACAUAAUUUUUCACCCGGGUGUCUGUUUUGGAUGAUUUUUUUUU